AAAACACACUCUUCACUUCAACUUUUCAAACUUCUUUCAACAAAAAAUAUCAGACAAUAUUGCAAUGACAACACCAGACGAAGGAUUAACGUUGGAACUCAUACGACAACAUCUCCUUGAAGAUUUCACAAGUACAGAAUUAUUCAUCAACAGCCUUAAUUCUUGUUUUACCGAUCAUAUCUCCCCUGUUUUCACCUCAGUAAAAACAGAGCCUUCUACUUCCAAUAAUUCACUCUCAGUUUCUCUUACAUCGUACCCAGAUUCACCAAUUUCCCAUUAUUUCAGCGAUUUCCCAGAAUUCAAAACAAAUUCAGACACUAAUCUUAGCCCAACAUCCGACAGCUGUGUUAGUUCCAACUCGACUAUUUCAUCGGAUACAACGAAUAGUAAUAAUAAUGAAAAUAAGGUGAAGAAUUACAGAGGAGUAAGAAGAAGGCCAUGGGGUAAAUUUGCAGCAGAAAUAAGAGAUCCUAAUAAAAAAGGGUCGAGGAUUUGGUUAGGUACUUUUGAUGCUGACGUGGAUGCAGCUAGAGCUUAUGAUUGUGCUGCGUUUAAGAUGAGAGGUAGAAAAGCUAUUUUGAAUUUUCCGAUGGAUGCCGGAAAAUCUGGUGCUCCGGCGAAUAUUGGCCGGAAAAGGAGAAGAGAUAACGGGAUAGAGCUUGAGAUGCUGAUCAAUUUGUAACUAUGUUUAAAAUUUGCUUAGGAGAAAACAGUGUGUAACGGAAAUGUGUGAAUUUGUAACAAAUAGAAUUUUAUUUAUGGUAAAUGUCUAUAUUUAGAGA